AUGCCAAAACCUGAGCGUUCUUUCGCCCUCUCCUCCACCACAAUCUUCAUCAUGAUCACCAGUGCUAUCUUCGCGUCUCUGUUUCUGCUUGCCAAUGCACAGCCAUGGAAGCAAAAUCGUUUUAUUGAGCCCAUCACAGACUGCUCCCAGCUUCCCUUAUACAACAUUGACACAAAGAUCGCUGGGCCUUGGACAAUCAAGGUCGAUAGCUGCUACAAUGGAGCCGGUCCUCAAGGACUCUGCAGCAUCGAGGGCUUCGAGUCCAGCAGCGAUAUCACACGGCAGCGAGAUGACAGGCCCAACACGAUCGAACAUGGAUUUAUUACGAUCGUUAGCGACAAAAACAACAUAAAAACCGAGCUCCGCUGCAACGGCAUCCUAAACAUAAUCGAAGCACGCGUCCUUUCUGGUCCUGGCGCCGGCGCCCUGGACUGGCACGCCGUCGGGAUAGACCACCACCCAAGCACGGGGCGACUGGUUUGGGGAAAACCCGACGCUCAGCCAGUACAGGCGUACAGACACUACCGUCAUGGUAUACCAGUUGAAGGCAUCUUCCUGGGAUCGAAUAAUCAGACAAAUUGGGCUGUGCACUCGGCUGGGAGGGAUGUGAGCAUUGUGGACAUGAAGCCGUAUUGGGUUAUGCGAUUGAUGAUUCCGGAGACUAGUAUUCGGGAGAAUGAGUUUAGAACGUUGAUUCGGAUUGAUGGGAGCUGA